CGUAGAGAAACAAGACAUCAGAAAACUCAAAUAUCGAUAAAACACUCUCACUACGUGCAAUUUUCUCCUUUCUCUUCCUCGACAUCUGUCUGUUUUGUUGUUCUAAUUUUUUUUUGGGUUUUUGAUAUCCCAUCCUCCCUAAAGUUUCGGAAUAUCCUGUUUUCUUUUUCCUCAUUCUUUGCGAUCUUUCAUUUUCUUCACCUAACAAAAAAAUAAAAAAGGAAACAUGUGUGGAAUACUUGCCGUUUUAGGAUGUUCCGAUGAUUCUCAGGCCAAGAGAGUUCGUGUUCUUGAGCUUUCUCGCAGAUUGAGGCACAGAGGACCUGACUGGAGUGGGUUAUAUCAGAACGGAGACAAUUACCUGGCUCAUCAGCGUCUUGCUGUCAUCGAUCCUGCCUCCGGUGAUCAACCUCUCUACAACGAGGACAAGACCAUUGUUGUCACCGUGAAUGGAGAGAUUUAUAACCAUGAGGAGCUGAGAAGACGUCUGAAGAAUCACAAGUUCCGUACUGGUAGUGAUUGUGACGUCAUUGCUCACCUGUACGAGGAGUAUGGUGUGGAUUUUGUUAAUAUGUUGGAUGGAAUCUUCUCCUUUGUGUUGCUUGACACACGAGAUAAUUCCUUCAUGGUGGCUCGUGAUGCGGUUGGUGUUACUUCUCUCUACAUUGGUUGGGGAUUAGACGGAUCUGUGUGGAUAUCUUCAGAGAUGAAAGGCUUAAACGAUGAUUGUGAGCAUUUUGAAGCGUUUCCUCCAGGUCAUUUUUAUUCAAGCAAACUAGGAGGGUUUAAGCAAUGGUACAAUCCUCCUUGGUUCAAUGAAUCUGUUCCUUCAACGCCUUAUGAACCUCUCGCGAUUAGACGCGCCUUUGAAAACGCUGUGAUUAAGCGAUUGAUGACUGAUGUUCCAUUUGGAGUUUUGCUCUCCGGUGGUCUUGAUUCUUCCCUUGUGGCCUCCAUCACUGCUCGUCACUUGGCCGGUACUAAGGCUGCUAAGCAAUGGGGUCCUCAGCUCCAUUCAUUUUGCGUCGGUCUUGAGGGCUCACCGGACUUGAAGGCGGGGAAAGAGGUGGCUGAAUAUUUGGGGACGGUGCACCAUGAGUUCCAUUUCACGGUGCAGGAUGGGAUCGGUGCGAUAGAGGAUGUGAUUUACCAUGUUGAGACCUAUGAUGUGACUACAAUAAGAGCGAGCACACCGAUGUUCUUGAUGUCCAGGAAAAUAAAGUCUCUAGGAGUUAAGAUGGUUCUCUCCGGUGAAGGAUCUGACGAGAUCUUUGGAGGGUAUCUCUACUUCCACAAGGCACCUAACAAGAAAGAGUUUCACCAAGAAACCUGUCGCAAGAUCAAGGCUCUUCACAAGUAUGAUUGUUUAAGAGCCAACAAAUCUACCUCUGCCUUUGGUCUAGAGGCCCGUGUUCCUUUUCUUGACAAAGAAUUCAUCAAUACCGCCAUGUCUCUAGACCCUGAAUGCAAAAUGAUCAAGCCAGAGGAAGGGAGGAUUGAGAAAUGGGUUCUUAGGAGAGCCUUUGACGACGAAGAACGUCCUUAUCUGCCAAAACACAUUCUCUACAGACAGAAAGAGCAAUUUAGUGAUGGUGUCGGCUAUAGUUGGAUUGAUGGCCUCAAAGCUCAUGCUGCUCGAAAUGUUAAUGACAAGAUGAUGUCAAACGCGGCGCAUAUCUUCCCUCACAACACUCCAAACACUAAAGAAGCUUAUUACUACAGAAUGAUCUUCGAGAGGUUCUUCCCACAGAACUCUGCAAGACUAACUGUUCCUGGAGGUGCAACCGUGGCUUGCUCGACAGCAAAGGCAGUGGAGUGGGAUGCAAGCUGGUCGAACAAUAUGGAUCCAUCAGGAAGAGCCGCCAUCGGAGUUCACCUUUCAGCCUACGAUGGCAGCAACGUGGCAUUGCCCAUGCCACCGCCACUUAAGGCAAUCGACAUGCCGAUGAUGAGGGGUCAAGGAGUUGUGAUUCAGACAUAAGUUUGAAAGGGGAAAAUGGAGGAACUGUGUGUUUAAUUAUCUUCCCAAUGGGUGAAGUAUUUUGUAUAAUUUAAUAAUAAGAUUAUGCUAUUUUCUUUUUCCUAUGCAGAUUUGAAUGUAUAAAUUAUCUUGUAAAAAUUUGUUUAUGGGUAAGAUUUAGAAUGUACCGCUUCUAUGAAGUUCAAUGUACAUCAAUCUUUGUAUCAAAUUAUCAAUUAUAUGAUGUUUAAUUUA